GUUUCUGAACCCACCGAUCAAAAUUCAGUUUCCCCGAUCUUUAGACCUCGUGUGGUUUUCGCGAGAGAGCUGCCACCGGAACCCACCGAUUCCGUCACUGAUUACAGAGAAGAUAUCGGCGAUGUCUCCAUCUUCACUGCUUCCGGCCAGCGCGUACGAUUCAGCGAUGGGAUCAAGGACGAUGUAUGGAAUUGCUGCACUAUUGUGCUUUUGAGGCAUUUCAGAUGCGUUUGCUGCUGGGAUCUUGUUACUGCUUUGAAAGAAGCGAAACCAAGAUUUGAUGCGGCUCGUGUUAAAUCGGUGAAUGUUGGUGUUGAAACCCCCGAUAAGACUCGUUUACUUGCAACUCGUGCUAGUGUCUUGUCAAGAUUUGUCAAGUUACGAGAAGCUACAAAGAAUUACAUCAUCAAAGCCACUCCUGAAGACAGAAGCAGUGUGUUGCAAUCGUCUUACUUCUUCAUCUGGGAAAUUCAAUCCGGUUUUAGCCUCACGAGGCUUCUCCUAUCAGGACAUAUUGCGUCUUCUGAUUCAGCCAUGUAG